UUGCCCAAUCAUGUGCUCAGGACUCGAUAGAUGUAAGCCACAGCCUCAAGGCUGACACGCUCGGUUGAUGUAGCUGGAAGAGCUAGGAAACAACACCAGUUGAUCAAAGCCUCCAUAACCAGGUAGCUGCACCUGGACCUGGGACUUGUCCUUGUAGGCCCGUAUACCUGCAUCUUUACCUACCUAGUUGCCCUCCGAUACCUUCAGAAUUAUUUUAACACGACGCUCACUUUGCUGAUCAGGAUCCUCCGGCCAUCCCGGCCUGAGCUCGUCCACGGAGAAGUCGAGCAACGCGCCUUCACCCUUCCAUGAGGUCCUCUGCUGGCGCGAACCUAGACCCUCGAUGGGUGCUGGGAAUAUCAACUGAAGCCGGUUUCCUGAUAUGAACAGACAAAGUCUACAGCUCUGAGAGCUCACGAUCCAAACAUGUCUUCCGCAUUCCGCCGCUAUCGAUCAUCGACCUCUGCGUCGGCCCGCCCCGCCGUAUCCAAAGCGACCGAGGUGCUGCAGAGCCUCCUUGACCGCCUAUCUUCGACCCUGCGAUCCCCGACCAGCAAUGGAUUUCCCGAUCUAGAGGCUCUGGUGGAUGAGUCCCGCAGGAUACACCAACACAUUUCUGCCACAAGGCCACCCUGCCCGCCCCAGGAUGACUUCCGAUACCUGCGUGGCUUCCAGCUUCUGCUGGAUGUGCUUCGAUCCUUCUCCGGCUUCUAUAACCCGCAAAAGAGGACCACCUCGGAGAAGAAAUCCUUCUUCGAACUUCUCCAUAUCGUCCUCGCCAUCCUCUCUGAGGCGUUCCGGGCGCAUAGCGGGAACAGGCGGUACUUCCAACACAGAGUCGAGGGAGGUGGAUGGGAGGCAUUGGAGCAGAUAAUUGCCAGUAUUGGCCUAGGUGGAAGCGACUCUGAUCUUUGGACCAACUGCCAGUUGUUUGGGAAGCUGCUGUCAUUCUCCCUCGACGAUCAGCGGAUUGACGAAGUCUGCCAGUCGGUUGCCUCGGACGCAGCAAGACAGGAGGAUGCCGCGGGAGAGACAGGAGGGUUGGCCCAAGAUGAACCUAGCAACGGGGGCGAGACCAGAACCGGUGCACUUGAUGUGCACCGUGCCGAGGAAAGACUACGCGAGAUUAUCGUGCCCGGGAUAGUUAUCCAGACGCCGGAGAUCAUUCGUACUGUUGUCGGUUUUUGGGAAUCGAUCCCUCGAGAUCGAGAAGGAGCCGUCAACCCAGCGUCGCUGAUAGUCCUCACAACCCUGUCCUCUGCCGCGUCCGUCUCCUUUGCCAACCUGACUGGCCUCCAUGGAACCGGGGUACUGUCGAGAUUUUUGCGGCUGGCCUUCUCUCCAGACUCAAAUCUUGCCGUGGCGGAGAUUGAUAACGUGGUGCCCCUGUGCAGGUCGUUGAUGUCUCUCGGGAUCAACAAACUGGCAGAUGCCCAGUUUCUCCUGUCGCUCCAGGACUCGGCAGCCUCAGAAUUCUGCUUGAGCAUGGCUCAAAAGUACAAUGGACCAACCUUCAUCCAAUUUGACUUGUCUCUGCAUGGUCACUCGUCCAUUGAGCUACCCAGCCUGGGAAGGCCAUUCCCCCCUCAGUCUUCGGCUGGCUAUUCCUUUACUGCUUGGAUCCGUAUCGACAGUUUCGAUCCCGCCUCACACACCACCAUCUUCGGGGUGUUUGACUCGACCCAGACUUGCUUCCUGUUGGCUUAUCUGGAGAGAGAUACACGUAACUUCAUUCUCCAGACGUCAAUGAAAUCACAGAGACCGAGCGUCAGGUUCAGGUCCGUCAGGUUCAAGGAAAAGCAAUGGUACCACAUCGGCAUUGUACAUCGAAGGCCGAAAGCGAUUUCUGCGAGCAAGGCAUCGCUCUACGUCAAUGGGGAAUUCGCCGAGCAGGUCAAGUCGUCAUAUCCUACUCCGCCCCCCUUGUCAAAUGGGAGCACCGAGAGCUUUGCCUCGUUCACAUCCAAUAAGGCGAACCCCGUGCAAGCCUUUAUUGGGACCCCUCGGGACCUGUCUGCAAGCAUAGGACCCGGCCUUGUGUCCUCCAAGUGGUCUCUUGCCUCGGCCCAUCUAUUCGAAGACGUGCUCAGCGAUGAUCUCCUUGCCGUCUACUUUCGGCUAGGACCACGUUACCAGGGGAACUUUCAGGACUGUCUUGGUGGCUUCCAGACUUAUGAGGCAUCUGCUGCGUUGGCGUUACGGAAUGACCUGCUUCACCCGGGAAAGGAGCAUUCGGAUAUCCUGAUGGCUAUUCAGGCGAAGGCCAGCUCGAUCAUUCCUGAAAACAAGGUGUUGAUGAGCACGCUGCCAAGGGCCACCUUCCGUAGCGAUGGACACUUCCUUGAUACCGUCUUGUUCCGGUCGCUAUCUCGAACCUCAGCCGGCAAUCUUCUCCAGCUGACCACCAAAACCGGCACAUCGAUUGCGAUCAAUGCGGCUGUGCCCUGCGUCAAUGACGCCCUGAUCAGGUCCAAUGGCGUCUCGAUCACGACUGGUGACCCCGUUCUUGCAAUCCCGUAUCAUUUCGAUGACAACCUCUGGCGCCUCGGUGGCUUUACCCCCGUUGCGCUCAAACUUGUUGAAAGGGCAUCCUCUGCAGACGAUCUCUUGCGGUCUGUGGAACUGAUGUUACACUGCAUCGGCAACAGCUGGAGGAAUAGCGAGGCGAUGGAAAGGGAUAACGGAUACGCGGUCCUUAGUAUGCUGCUGCGUGCGAAGAUGGGAUAUGGGCUUUCGGCUUCCGAUAAUCCUCCCUUGCGCCUCCCUCUCACUAAUGAUGCUAGGGAUAAGUUGGGCCUGCGGCUCCUGAGUCUAGUUCUCGGCUUUGUUGGCUACAACCAUGCCCACCCCAUCGACUCCUUUAUCGUGAACCCCCUGGCAUACCGCAUCUUGCUGAUCGACCAUGAAACAUGGAGGAAAUCAGCACCAAUAACCCAGGAGCUGUAUUACAAGCAAUUCGUCACCUUUGCUGUGUUCAGCAAGCACCAUGAGUUUAACAGCCACAGAUUGGGUAGAAUGCGGAUCAUCAAGAGACUGCUAGACGCUCUGAAAGGAGAGACCAUCUCCGAAGACAUUCUGCCGCACUUCAUGCACUCUUUCGAAAGCCUGGUCAAGUCCAACUUCAGCGCAGAGGUUCAUCGAUCUCUUGCUCUCUUCGUCACCUACGCCUUCCAUAUAACUUGGGGUUCGCAGCCUCGCACUCCAAGGCCAAUGUUGCCACCAAGCAGAUCGAGCACGCCCGGCAUCACUCGACGCCCCGCUCUCGAUCCCGCAGCCUCGGCCUCGGCCUCGGCUGCCGCCACAUCCAAGUUUCUUAGGAGGAAACAACUCGGUGUCAACAUUCUCGAGAUGUACACGCGGAUGCUCUGUGAGAAGGGGAACUUGGCCAAUAUACGGAAGUUUGCCAAAACCGUGACCAACAAGGUGACCCGCCGCGACGAACCGGACAAGAAGGCCUACGAGCUAACGGCGGUCCAGUGGCUCCUCUAUCUCCUCGCUGAAGAUGACCCGGAGAUCGUGGUAUACGGUACUAAGAUCCUCGCGAGGCUCCUCGUCACCCAACCACCGGGUUACACGUCCAAGUUCUCAAGCAAGACCGGUGGGUUCUGGAUCAUGGCGCACCGGCUCAAGCAGUGGUGGGACAUUCCCACACUAUGGUCGAUUCUCUUCGGCAUCAUGUUCGGUGUUGAUGUCGCUGGGAUCGACUUCGACCGGCCAUUCGAGUUCUUUAGCCUGCUGGAGAUCUUUGGUGACUGUCGUGUUGUGUUCCCCGAUGUUCUACCUGUCAUAACAGCCAUGCUGCAGCACGGACUUCGGGACAUUCUCAAGUAUCAAGAUGACCCCGAUUCUCCUGCCUUUGACCACGGUGCAACAGAAAAUCCGCAACAACAGACUUCCGAGGCAAGCAAUAGUCGACUGCCGUCGAGAUCGAUGGAAUUGGCGAAAGAACUCGAGUCGCGACAAACGCCCUUGCCCGACAGGGAGAGAGUCGCAAGCCAUGCCAAUAUCCUCCAGAGUGUUGUCCGGUUCCUGGCGGAUAUGCAUUCCCGUUCGGCCAGCUUCAGGGACUUUGCCUUGUCUUCCGACUAUGUCCAGCUCCUGCUCGCGGCUCUCUAUCCCAUCAUUGUCAGCGCUGACCCCGUCACGCCAGAGACGGAGCUUGACUCGAAAGACUCAUCGCUCACCUUCGAGGGCGGCGAUGUCAUCAUUCGCCCAGUACCAGGAUCGUCAUCGACGGCAACCCCCAUCGUCCGCACUACGAAUGUCGCUUCGUCUUCGGAACCAUAUCCGCCAUCAUCACCAUCUCUCGCGCGUGGGACCCCUCUUCGCAGGCCGUCGUCCUUCAUCCUUGUGACCUCACAGAAGUCCCCUCAUACUCCGAGCCCAGCACGCUUGUCGCAUGUAAUGUCUCCCAAGAAAAAGGUUGCGACGCAGCAGAUUAGCAACGGCGUCUUGGAUGGCCUCAUGGAGCUGGUUAUCGGCGUCUUUACGGACCAGAUCUUGGUGCGCAAGGAGUUCCCCGGCUUCGGGCUGUUUCUGAAAGUACCCCCUGGGUUCCAAGAACACCAAGCCUACUUUGAGUCCUACAUCUUGCGCAACACCAUCGCCCACCUUGGAAGUGCUGUCCAGUUGAACAACAGGCUUCUUCUGGAGCCUAAGAUUCUGCAGAACAUGGCUCGCUUCAACCUCCACAUGGUGGAAGCCAUCUUCGAAGGCUGGUUCAUCAACGGGGCAGAGGCCAUGGUGGAUUUCACAGGCAUGCUGCUGGAAUACCUGCAGCGGACCGAGGUGGCAUCGAUGAAGGUUGUUCGCCUCUGCAGUUCAGCAGUGUCCACGAUCCGUAUCUCUUUCCUUAAACUAGUCCUCCUCAAGCUCUCGGAUAUGGACGACCCCCAAACGACAGAUGUCGACGCCAUUGCGAUAAUGGGGAAGAUGAUGUACUGGCAAACGGUUCUCCUCGGUUGCCUGUCGACGGAUGACGAUUAUAUGAAACUGCUUUGGUAUCAACUCUACAACAAGCUGAUCGACUCUCGGGAUCCCAUCAGGCUUGCUGCCUCAAAUCUAUGGCGGAUAAUGCUGGUGCAGAGGCCCGAAGAGUCGACGAUACUCCUGCGGCAGUGCAUGGCGCCGGAUCGGCAGCAACUGACGAAUGGCUUUCGCCAGCUAACAGAGCUGGAUGAUGCCACCUUUGUGGAAUGGGUGGACCAGAAUAGGCCGUCCCUCGACGUUUCCUUCUUCGGUGGCAUGUCGAAGACCUGGGAGGAGUUUGUCGCCGCUGAGAACCAGCGCACUGCCGACACUGCCAGGUCGCGCUUGAAGAAUCGAAAAGACAAAUUGAGACAGUGGCAUGCGGAACGUGUCGGCCGCGAAAGCAUACUCCUUAGGCACGAGAUGGCGAAUGGUGCCUGGAUGAAGAGCAUAUACUGCUCCGAGCACUCCAAGCACCAGAGGCUACUGCAAGACCAGCAAGAUGAUAACAUAUUUUUGGGCUCAGCCUUUGCCAAGAUGGACCGGGACUUGCGUCGCCCCGGCGGCGUCUUCAGCGAGCCAAUGUCAAUCAAGUGGAAGCUCGAUCGGACAGAGGGCCGGAACCGCAUGCGGCUCAGAAUGCUCCCGGAGUACCCGUCCCAACAGCAAGAAUACCUGCCAAAACAAGACUAUCAACCGAAGCGGAGGGCCACAGAGCCAACACCGCCUGCAUCCUUUUUGAAACCGAACACGACCGUUGGCCAGCCCUCCCCAAGCCAGGGGCUGGUGAAAACAGCAGCUUCCUCGUCCCGCGUCAGCAUUGGGGUGGAUGCGAGCAAGGAUAACACAACCCUAUCUGCGGAGCCGGAAGGCCCGGCACAUGCAUCUGAAUCGCAAAGUGUAGCUCCGGAGGACGACUUCGAGCUCGUGGACGAUCCCAAUGAUCCGGACGCUGACGACGCUUUCGAGGACAAGAACCGAAAGGUGAGGAGGCGACUUGAACACGACGAUUCCAUUCAGCAGGUCUACAACAUCUCUCGCAUCAUCGGUCUCGAGGCCUGCGAAGGGAUCCUAAUCAUCGGGAAAGGGGCACUCUAUAUCAUGGACAACUUGUUCAGGAACGCGGAUGCAGAGAUUAUAGACGUGUGGCAAGCGCCGGACGAAGAACGCGACCCAUUCUCCAUUAUCAUCCAGGGUUCCGGAGACAAGAACGCGCAAGGGCGGAAGCAGAGUUCCAGUAUCAGCGAACAGGAGUCGCGUAGUUGGCGAUUCCACGAUGUUCUCGGCAUCUCAAAGAGACGCUUCCUGUUCCGGGAUGUGGCGAUCGAACUCUUCUUCACAGACGGUCGCAGCUAUCUCCUCACCGCGAUGAACGCCACUGUCAGGGAUGAGAUCUACGUGAGGUUGAUGGCCAAGACGCGCCACACCAGCGGGCCCAACUCGCUGCCCAACCCGGAGGAUGCCUGGCGCCUGGAGGCCCUGAAGUUCAACGAGGAUGGGCCCCAAACCCUGGGGUCCAAGUUUGGCAGCAUCUUCAACGCAUCCCCCUGGAACCCCAUGAUGCGGCGUUGGCAGAAGGGGGAAAUGUCAAACUUCCACUACCUCAUGCUCAUCAACACACUGGCGGGCCGGACCUUCAAUGACCUCACCCAGUACCCGGUGUUCCCCUGGGUAUUGGCCGACUACACCAGCGAGGAGCUCGAUCUCGAGGACCCGGCCACCUUCAGGGAUCUCUCGAAGCCCAUGGGCGCGCAGUCCGCGACACGGCAAGCGGACUACACGGUGCGAUACGACAGCCUGAAGGAGAUAGGCGAGGUGCCGUUCCAUUAUGGCACGCACUACUCAUCCGCCAUGAUCGUCUCAUCGUAUCUGAUCCGACUGCCGCCGUUUGUGAAGUCGUACAUCCUGCUGCAGGGCGGCCAUUUCGACCACCCGGAUAGGCUCUUCUUCUCAAUCGCCGCCACGUGGACUUCGGCGUCCAAGGACAAUGGGGCCGAUGUGCGCGAGCUGAUUCCCGAGUUCUUCUACUUGCCCGAGUUCCUCACCAAUCUGAACGGGUACGAUUUCGGCGUGCGCCAGGGGAAGGGCGGCAGAGUGGACAACGUCGUCCUCCCACCGUGGGCAAAGGGAGACCCCAAGAUCUUCAUUGCGAAACACCGCGAGGCGCUGGAGAGCCCUUAUGUCAGUCAGCACCUCCACGAGUGGAUUGACCUGGUCUUUGGCUUCAAGCAGCGGGGAGAGGCAGCUGUCGAGAACUUGAACGUGUUCCAUCACCUCUCAUACAGGGGCGCCCGGGAUCUGGACAACAUCACCGACCCCGAGGAGAGGAGAAUCAUAACCGGCAUUAUCCACAACUUUGGCCAGACGCCUCACCAGCUGUUUACCCGCCCUCACCCGGCGAGGGAACAUAAUCGAUGCCCCAUCAAGCGGCUCGACUCGUCCGUCCCUGAGCUCACGAAACUGCCGCACCCGCUCUUGGAGAGCCACGAGCGAGUUGCAUCCCUCGUCUACGUGCCGAAACUCGACCGCCUGCUCUGCGCGUCACCUUUCCGCCUAAAUCUCCCGCCCCAGUAUGACAAGUUCCUGGAAUGGGGAUACGCCGACAACAGCGUUCGAUUCUACUUCAGCGACAACAGGAAGCCCGCGGGCCUCUUUGAGAACCUGCACAUCGGGCAGAUAUCGGCCCUCAAUUUUGCCGAUUCCAAGACCCUCGUCACGGCCGGAGAAGACUGCGUCGUGUCCGUCUACAGGGUGCACUCGACGCCGGGGAAGGCCGUCGAGCUCGUACCCCGGUCGUCGCUCUUCGGGCAUAAGAUGCCCGUCACCACGAUCGCGGUGUCCAAGUCCCUCAGCACCUUCGUCACGGUGUCCCAGGACGGGAUCGCCUUCGUCUGGGACCUCAACCGGCUCGAGUUCAUCCGGAGGCUGCCGCUAGCCCGCCCCGUCGAGUGCGCCAGGAUCCACGAUGUCACGGGGGAGAUCAUGCUGUGCAGCGGGCCCAAUGUGCUGCUGUACUCGCUCAACGGCGACCAGAUCCUCGACCAGAACGUGUGUGGCGCCGAGGGCCCCGACGACUUCGUGCACUCGUGCGCCUUCUACGAGGGCGCCGGCAACGAGUGGCUCGAGGACUUCCUCGUCUUCACGGGCCACAAGCGGGGCCGUGUCAACGUCUGGAGGAAGACGGCCGGGGGAAAUGGGCGCUGGGUCCUGGAGUUCUUGAGGAGGCUGGACCAUGUCGACCCGAAGAGCGAGUCGGGCGCCAACUUUGACGCCCCCAUCACUUGCAUCACGCCGAUGCCCCAGAUGGUCUACACGGGAGAUGACGAUGGUCGGGUGUACGAGUGGAACUUGAUACAGAGAGAACGGUAGGGCCGCUCCUUCGACAGGAAGUUCGCCUGCCUCCGGACGGGCGACGCUUCAAGCGGCUGGCAGGACCUGAUGCCCAAUCCUCGGGCGUUGUGGGGCAUUCGUAGAUAGCUUUGGAAACCAUCGAAGCGGCAUGGCAAAUGGUAAAAAGGAUAGGACAACUGGCAAAUGGGCGUGGGAAUCCCUUCAUUUUCCUUUUUUGGUUGUUUUUGCGCAGUUAAAGAGGGGGGUUCGCCCAGUGGAUAUCUAGACCAUCAGCAGACAAGAAAAAGCGUAGAAUCAAAAAGCAUCCCUUCCAC